UAAAAGCAACUCGAACGGUUCUGAAUAUUGCUGGUGCCUUCUAUAAUCAGCUUUCUGGAUAUAUAUAUAUAUAAAUAUAUAUAAUAGCCGAAAUCUGGUCGGAGGCCGCCCAGGGCUUCACUUUAAUGUCUUCCUUCUGAUUAUAGCUAGACGCGCGCGCUGAUCGUAAAGCUCUAAAUCUUUCUCAUCGCAUGCUUUUCCUUCUCUUUAUUGUUUAUCAAGCUAUAAUAAAGAGACGUUUAGAAGUAGCAAGAAGGAAGGAACUUGUGGAGAUGGAUUACACAAAGGUUGAUCCUGAAGAGCCCAAGGUCCGAGAGGUGAAGGAGAAACCAUGCAAUAUUAUGGAGGGACAGCGUAGUGGAGAAGUCAAAUCGGAGAAUGUAAAGAGCUUGAUUAUGGAAGGAAUCAAAGCUGAAAAGCUCAAGAAUUGGAUCGUAGCUCGGUCCCAGUUAGCUCGACUGAACCUGUGGGUGGUUGGCGUUGUAACACUGUUGCUGCUGCGCGCCUGUGUGGUGCAGCUGGGAACGCUUAGCGAGACGACCAUCUCGCCGAGGUCGUUCAUGUCCCGGUCUUCUUUUCACGUUGACAUUCAGCUGCCUGAAAGAGUCUAUGAGAACAAUGGAUAUCUGAUGAUUUCCGCUAAUGGAGGAUUGAACCAAAUGCGAGCUGGUAUUUGUGACAUGGUUGCUGUGGCAAGAUAUUUGAAUGUUACGCUUAUAGUUCCUGAAUUGGAUAAAAAAUCCUUCUGGAAUGAUAGCAGUCAGUUCAAAGACAUAUUUGAUAUGAACCAUUUCAUUACAUCAUUGAGAGAUGAGGUUCAGAUAUUGAGUGAGCUGCCUAAAGAGCUGAAGAUAAUGGAGUACUUACCUUGCUUCCAUUCCAUGCCACCCAGUAGUUGGUCCAACACGUCUUAUUAUGACGCGGUUCUUCCAAUUAUAAAAAAGUACGGACUCUUGCACUUCACCAAGACUGAUACUAGGCUUGCAAAUAAUGGGAUUCCUGUAGAAGUCCAAAAGCUGCGGUGCCGAGUGAACUACGAAGCUCUGAGAUUCACUCCCCCAAUAGAGGAAGUAGGAAAAAAGAUUGUCAGGCUUCUAAGGCAAAAGGGCCCUUUCUUAGUUCUUCAUCUCAGAUAUGAAAUGGACAUGUUAGCAUUCUCUGGAUGCACCGAAGGUUGCAAUGACACAGAAAUUGAUGAAUUGACAAAAAUGAGAUAUUCCUACCCAUGGUGGAAGGAAAAGGUAAUAGACUCUGAAAAGAAAAGAAAAAACGGCGGCUGCCCUUUAACCCCCGAGGAAACCGCGCUUACAUUGAGGGCAUUGGAUAUUGAUCCUAGUAUCCAAAUUUACGUUGCUGCCGGAAAUAUAUAUGGUGGAGAGAGUAGAAUGGCUGUCCUGAGAGAAGCUUUUCCAAAUUUGUUGAAAAAGGAAACAUUGCUGACACCCUCAGACCUUAAACCCUUCCGGAAACAUUCAAACCUGAUGGCAGCGUUGGAUUACACUGUAGCAUUAGAAAGUGACAUUUUUGUGCCUACAUUCGGAGGAAACAUGGCAAGAGUUGUUGAAGGCCAUCGACGAUACUUGGGGUUCAAGACAACAAUUCGUCUAGACAGAUUGCUUCUAAUCAAUCUGAUAGAUCAGUACAAGAAUGGAACACUGAGCUGGAACGAAUUCUCUCAAGCAGUCAAGACAGGUCAUGCUGAUCGCAUGGGUGGGCCAACGCAAAGACUAGAAAUUCCUGGAAAACCCAAGGAAGAAGAUUAUUUCUAUACUAAUCCACAGGAGUGUUUGCCACCAAUUGUCAGAAAAUCAUCAAAGGGCACACGAUUCUCAUUAUGAAUUACGAUUAGGUCAGCUAUUGGAUUUAUGUCAUCCAAUCAAUGUAACUAAUAUACCCUUGAAAUCUAUUGUUUUAUGAUCAGAUCAUACGAGCGAUGCUUGCGCUCAUGAUAUAUACAUGUACAAAAGUUUAU